AUGGUGCAAUCCUCGGAGCAGAUGAUUUCAGUUUCACUGCAAUGGAAUGGUCAUCAGGUAUUGGUUUCCUUGAUCCAUGCAUCCUGCUUUAGGGCAGAGCGUAGGAAUCUUUGGGUGGAGUUAGGCACUGCGGCUGCCCAGUCCCUUCCAUGGGUCGUUCUAGGGGACUUUAAUGCCAUGUUGAAUUCUCAUGAGAAGAGGGGUCGUGGUAGAUUCAAUGUGGGUGUAGCGGUAGAGUUCCAGGCCAUGGCAGCGAUUCCUAAGCCUCAAAAUGCCACUUUUCGCAUUCAUCGUUUUUGGAUGGAAGCGGAAUCAUUUGAUGGCCUAGUGAGGGAGGUGUGGUCUUGGGAGGUUAGGGGUGGUCCCAUUGGCAGGCUGGCACAUAAAUUAAGGGCUGUGAAGAGUGCUCUAAAGGGGUGGGCGAGACAAAGGUUCCCUAACUUGGAUGUAGAGCUUAAAGUUGCUACUGAAGAAGUGGAGGAAGUCCAGAGAAUUAUUGACCAGGUAGGGAUGUUUGAUGAGCUAUACUCCAGAGAAGUAGAGGCGAAGACUAGGCUCUUGAAAGUGGUGGAGAUGCAUGAAAAACUUUGGGUUGAAAAAGCUCGCUACAAUUGGGCGAAACUAGGAGACCGUAACUCAAAGUUCUUCCACCUUUCGGUUAAGGUGUGUCGUAUAAAAAACAUAAUUCGCUCUUUGAAAAAACAAGAUGGUACAGUGGUCUCUGAGCCACUGCAGAUGGUAGAAUAUGUGUCUCAUUUUUUUGAAAAUUUUCAUAAAGUGGACCAUUGCAUAGAUCAUAUGGAGCUGUUGCAGGUGAUUCCUAAUGAGGUGAAUAUGGAGGACUCCUCGAUAUUAGAAGCAAUCCCUGACAGGGAAGAGAUUAGGAAGGUGGUGGAGGGAGCGGUCUCUCUGGAUAAGUUUUUCCCCAUCUGUACAGCAAACUUCUUCUGCAAAGUCCUAUCAAAGAUCAUGGCUGAGAGGUUAUCUUGCUUUCUCCCUCGCUUGGUGUCAGAUGAGCAAGGGGCAUUCCAGAAAGGUAAGAUCAUCUCAAAAAAUAUUGUGUUAGCCUCUGAGCUUGCCAAUUUAUUACAUACCUCUAUUAGAGGGGGUGGCAUGGGUAUUAAGAUUGAUGUGCAGAAGGCCUAUGACACAUUGUCAUGGGAUUUCCUCUUUGCGGUCCUGAAAAGGUUCAGCUUCUCAGAUGUGUGGUUGGCCUGGAUUCACGAAAUUUUGGUUUCUUCUAGAAUUUUAGUGUUGUUGAAUGGUGGUCCGGUUGGUUUCUUUAGAGUUGAGAAGGGUUUGAGACAAGGGGACCCGAUCUCCCCAAUGCUUUUUAUUCUGGCAAAAGAAGUAUUGUGCAGGGGUCUAAAUGGUCUAUUAAAGGAGGGAAAACUGAAGGUGCUCCCUGGUCCUAGAUGUUCCACUAUUCCCAGUCAUUUGCUCUUCGUGGAUGACAUUUUUAUCUUUAUGAACGUUGCAGCGAAACAUGUUCGAUGCCUGAGAGAGUUCCUGCUCAAAUACCAAGAAUUUUCUGGCAAAAACUCAGCUUAG